UCGGGAGGAAACGAGAGCCGAUCAGCUGGGUGGGAGAGGCGCUGGUUUUGCGCUGCGUUUGUUUCGGGAGACGACGCGAAUUUUCAUUCUGGUAGCGAUGUGGAAUGGAGGCGAGCGGAGUGAAAACUUUACGCAAGGUGUGCUGUCAUAACCCGACCGUACGGAGCCGUGCGGCUGAGUGACAGGCGAGGAAAUAGCCCAAAUUCUUUCAUGCCUCCAGGAGCUGGGAGCAGAUAAAAGUACUCCUCGGGUUGUUCUCGAGCGUAACGCUAACUUCAGCACGCCGGGAGUGCGAUUCAGGCUAAAAGCAGAACGUACGAAGCCGAGCUUCGGGCUGCAGUGUGAGAAAGAAACCGUGGCACCGCCUUUGGAACGGGCAAAGUGCGUGUGCCCCUGAACAGAGCCAGCCCGCAGCAACCCCGCUGCAACAGCUCGGUAGGGAGUUGCUCUGGCAGCAACAGCAGCUCGCUUUGAGAACGUCUGCCUUUAGUUUGAGUAGCGUCAGGCCAGACUGGGGUUGAACCUGCCACGGAUCAGCAGAGGAAAAUUUUCUUUGGAAAAUGCUUAUUUAUCAAGCCUAUAUUGUUUUCUUUGAUACCUGUCAAUGACCCUGAGUUCCUACUGACGUGUUGUGUUGUGCUGAGCUUGCAUCUGGAGCGGGACAGCUGGGAACACCAAGGAUCCUGGCUUAAGGGUGUGUGCCUGCUGUGGAACGUCGGGAGCUAUGACCCAGCUGUUGAUGCCAUGUUGCCCGGAGCAAGCCUGGCACUGUGCUGUCAGAGCCAGACCUUCCCUGGGAUGUCACUGUGCUGCAGCUGCUGGGACUGAUAGGACUAAUGAAGACUGAGCGACUGUUUUCACUGGGGACUUUGUGUAACUUUGGUUACAUCCGAUGGGAACCUAAAAAGUUCAGAAUUUGCUGUUUGUUUGUUGUGGUGUUUAGGGACGCUUCUUUAACUUGUCCUUCUGCUAGCUUUAGUCAGCAGGUGUGCUCAUAGAGGUGCAAGGCCUGACAAUGGCACUGAAUGAGUACUGCCUUCAAGCCUCCUUCCUGUAAGUGAUAGGACCAAACAAGGCGGUGUGAUGAACAUGCCACUGCAUCAAAUCUCUGUCAUUCCAGCUCAGGAUGUUACCUCUUCCAGAGUCUCCAGGAGCAAGACCAAAGAAAAAGAAGAACAGAAUGAGAAGGCUUUGGGGCAUUCUGUGAGCCGCUCUAGUAACAUCUCAAAGGCUGGAAGUCCAACCUCUAUCACAGCUCCCCAUAGCUUCUCUCGGACUUCUGUUACGCCAUCCAACCAGGACAUCUGCAGUUCCAGUGCAGUGUUUUCUGAAUGUUGUCAUCACAGUCCAGUGCAGUCUGCUGUUGUCUUGAAAAAUCCUCACUGCCAGAGUUCUCUGACACAAGGGGUCACUGUGACAGUAAUCUGUCAGGACACGUUACAUGCAGCAAAGAGAAACUCCCAUGGGCAGGAUCGGGGCCAGGCGCUCAGGGCUGCUAAGAAUGUAAAGCCCACCCGCACUCUGAAAUUCUCCAAGUCCCUCAAUGACGUGGACCAGAAGGCACAGAGCACCGGUGAGUGCUUUGACUACGUGGAGCGAACAUGCUCGGAAGGCAAAUUGACCCCGACUCAAGAGCAGUGUUUGAGGAUUAACAAAUUUCAUCUUAAAGAGAGGAAAUCGCUGAAUCUCAGGCCUCUUUCUUUUAGCAAUUCUAAACACUCCUACAUCCCUUCCCUUUCCAACUAUUCGAGUGCAUCAGGAGGAGCAGAAAACCGCAGCGCUGUACAUAUCCCCUUGCUGGAGGACAGAGUGGACCAUGACACCUCAAGAAGCAAAAAACUGUUGCGUUACCUUUUUUCCUUCUCCCACACCUCCAGCACCAGCAGUCUGCAUAAGUUCCACGAACUGGAGAGCUAUUCCAGUCACUUCCAAGCUGAGAAAUCCUCCAGCAUGCUGGUGGAAAGCACAGACUUCUGCUCUGAGGACAUGGGAGAUGAUGACGUCUUUGAGGACAGCACCUCAAUGAAACUGAGAACAAAAGAGCAGCGGGCACCACUCUGUUCGGUUGAGAAGGACAGUGACCUUGACUGCCCUUCCCCCCUCUCAGAAAAAUUCCCCCCUCUCUCCCCGGUGUCUGCAUCGGGGGAUACCUGCAGGAUAUGUCACUGUGAAGGAGAUGAUGAGAGCCCUUUGAUUACCCCCUGUCACUGCACGGGAAGUCUUCAUUUUGUGCACCAAGCCUGCUUGCAGCAGUGGAUCAAGAGCUCAGAUACACGAUGCUGCGAACUCUGCAAGUAUGAGUUCAUCAUGGAGACAAAGCUGAAGCCUUUGCGAAAGUGGGAGAAGCUGCAGAUGACAGCCAGCGAGAGGAGGAAGAUCAUGUGCUCUGUAACAUUCCAUAUCAUUGCCAUCACCUGCGUUGUGUGGUCUCUGUAUGUCCUCAUAGACAGGACUGCUGAAGAGAUUAAACAGGGACAGACUACUGGGAUUCUAGAAUGGCCAUUUUGGACUAAGCUGGUUGUUGUGGCUAUUGGUUUCACUGGAGGACUUCUGUUCAUGUAUGUACAAUGCAAAGUGUACGUACAGCUGUGGAAGAGACUUAAAGCUUAUAACCGAGUAAUAUAUGUACAAAACUGUCCAGAAACUAGUAAAAAGAACAUUUUUGAAAAACCUGCACUAAUGGAGCCAAACUUCGAAAGUAAAGAAAUGCUUGGGGUUCACCAUUCAGAUACAAACUCUUCACAUUACACAGAGCCAGAAGACUGUGCUGCAGAAAUCCUUCACGUCUGAUUACUGGGUGGGAGGAGUAAUUCUGUAUGUCCUUGAAGAUUUAAAAUAUCAUUGUUUACUGCAAGCUGCUCUACCUUUUUAAAAUUGGCUAACAGCUGAGGGCUGGCGGAUGACUUUUUUUACAUUUGUGUUUUGUUGGAAUUUUUUAAAAUCCCUUCAGCAUAUCUAUUAAUGUUAUCAUGGUUGUGUACCUCUCAACAUUGUCUCACGUGCUGACUGAUCAAAGAGCCACAGGUAGCUGGGUAGAAUGAGCCUCGGUUGUGGUAUCAAGCAAGCCACUGGUGGACUGUCAUCAACUGCAUAUGAAGUCUGUUACUUUAGAAUAUGACUCUAAAUGAUUGUGGAAGGCAUGUAGAGUAUGGUUUGGUUGUUUUUUUUUUUUUGUUUGUUUGUUUUUCUUGAGCAUAAUGAAGGAGGUUGUCCCAGAUGCCGCAGGAAAUGAGAGAGCUAGAGUCUAAUCUACCGCUAACACUGCCACUAACAUUUUUUCUUAGGCAGCAGGUGUAACAUUAUGCUUUACAUAUUGUGAUGAGACUCACAAAGCAUAUAGCACUUUUAAAAAUCUUUAUUUUAUGAUGUGUAUGUCCAAUGAGAAUGAAACUUGAAAGAAUGUGUCAUUUGCAGAACAUUUCUUCAUUCUUUAACCCAUCCAUUCUACUAGAACGUAAGCCUCUUGCCUUAUUUAAAAAAUAAAAAUAAAUUCCAAUGCAUGAUUUCCAACACAUGCCCCCAUUAUCCUACUAAACAUAACACUAAAAAUCUGCCUCUUUGGCUUUCCUUUGAGGAGCAAUUCUUUUUGAAGGAUAUUGCACUCGUGACAUGUGGAUGUGUACAGUGUUCAUUUUCAAUGAAUAAGGGUUUCAAUGCUCUAUUUUAGGGAUUGGUUUUGCUUUUUUGUUUUUAACAGGUCAGACCAUCAACAAAUCUCCGUAUAUAUACCUAACAUAACUGUCAUUCCAGAUCAUUGGUAAAAGGUUUGCUGGUAUACUGGUGAAAAUGUGAGCUGUUGUGGAAGAAAGAUAUUUAGUCAAUACAGAUGAAAUUGGUUUUCUUUCUUU